GAACAAGUUGAGUACCGCGAGUGGCGUGAGCGCCGGAGAAGCGGGCGGGCAACAAACGUGGGGCGGGGAGGGGGGUUCGACCAGAACGACGUCCUACCACGGAGAAGUCACGUCAAAGCUCGGAGGAGACAUGUCGAACGGCGACGAAGAUGCGGCCGAGGCGGAGUAAGCACUCGCUGGAGAGUUCGCCAAACAGGUUCCUGGAAGAGUGAAAGCGCUUCUCAGCUCGCCCUGACCCCUUUUGUUGGCUUGUCGAGUCUGAGACGAACUUUAAGAAGCAGCGACGAGCACUACCGGACUUUAGGCGCUUAGCUCACCGGACAGCGAGCCCCCUCGGUCGGGCUCGGAGGGAGAGGCCAAGUUCUCCCCCACAUAGCGGGGUGAGGAAGUGGCCGAGAAAAGCGCAGUCCAGUCGGCGGAGUUUGGUCAACUUUUACAAAAUGAAGACCCCCGGAGACAAUGGUUUUGCCUUCCCGGACUGGGCCUACAAGCCUGAGUCGAGCCCGGGCUCGCGGCAGAUCCAGCUGUGGCACUUCAUCCUGGAGCUGCUGAGGAAGGAGGAGUACCACGACGUCAUCGCCUGGCAGGGCGACUACGGCGAGUUUGUCAUCAAGGACCCCGACGAGGUGGCCCGCCUCUGGGGGGCCAGGAAGUGCAAACCCCAAAUGAACUACGACAAACUCAGUAGGGCACUCAGAUACUACUACAACAAGCGAAUCCUGCACAAGACCAAAGGCAAACGUUUCACCUACAAGUUCAACUUCAACAAGCUGGUGUUGGUCAACUAUCCCUUCAUCGACAUGGGCUCCACCGGAAAUGGCGUACCUCAGAGUGCCCCGCCCGUGCCCUCUGGUGCGGGGACGCACUUCCGGUUCCCUCCCUCCACGCCCUCAGAAGUUCUUUCCCCGAACGAAGACCUGCGCAGCCCCGGAGGCUUGUACAGCUCGGUGGCCCGCCGGGUGGCCCGCGGCUCCGUCAGCGACUGCAGCGACGGAACCUCUGUCAAUUCGGAGAUAGAGGAGGGCGGUCCGGGCGGCGGGGAGGACAGGCUGGAGCGGAGUUGCGGCUACAGGAGCCUCAUCCACCCCCGCAUCUCUCACGAGUCUCUGUUCCGCAUUUACGGAGGAGCUGGCAAUCUCGGCGCUCACCCGGCCUCCCGUGGCGCAGCCGGGCACCGUAUCCACCCGGAGUCUUUGUCCCCCUUCCCCGUAUCGCCCCUGCCCGGGCCGGGAGCGGCGGGCCUCCUGGCCCCGCCCCUGUCCCCGGCUCUCAACAUGACUCCCGUACCGCACCUCGCUUACACUCCCUCACCCACUCUCUCACCCAUGCUGGGCUCCCACUUCUCCUUCAACCCCGAGGACAUGAAACGCUACCUUCAGGCUCACACCCAGUCGGUGUACAACUACGGGCUGAGUCCCCGGGCUUUCCUGCAGUACCCCAACAUCGUCAUCCCACAGCCUCACCGGCCGUCCGCCGACAAGGUGGACCCGGGCGGCGACCGAGGAGCAGCCGAGCGAGAACGGGGAGGUGAGCGGCACCACCACCACGCCUCACUGUCUCACUCGGCCCAGCACCACCCGCACCCACCUCACUCGGCCCACCCACACACCCAUUCUCACCCCUUGCACCACACGCUCCACCUGGGGGAGGACGUGUCCCCUUUCAAGUUCAAGCUGCAGCCGCCGCCGCUGGGCCGCAAGCAGAGAGACGGGCAGGGACAAGGCAAAGCUCGACAGAGCUCGCUGUCGUCCGGCUCAGGCUCCAUGUCAUCCACGUCCGGCCUGGGCUCCUCGCUGUCCUUUAGCAGUGACCUGAGCUCAGCUAGCGGCUCGGGCCUCAUCUCUGCCUCAUCCUCAACGCAGUCCCUCAACAGUGCAGGCCUUCCUAAAAUCAAGGUGGAACCAAUUUCAGACGUCGAAUCAGAAGAGGAGGUGGAGGUUACUGACAUUAGUGAUGAAGACCUCGACGACCGAAGUGAAUACUUUGAGCUGUUUGCACAGCGCCUCUCCGGAGCCACAAACCACCGCCGCCACCUCCAACAGCAGCAGCUCAUCUCAAAUGGCUCGGCCACCCACCCGCCCCUUCCCGACGAAGAUCUUGACGAAGAUGUGUUCAAAGCCCCCGCUCCUCCCCCGCCCGGCCUCAUGCCCUUUUUGGCCUCGCAACGCGGGCCGCCCGCCCUCAAGAUGGAGCCCGGCGAGCCGGUGGACGCCAGUCCUCCCCCGCACGCGCCGCCUCAGACCAAGUGCAUCCCCCUCAAGCUGCGCUUCAAGAGGCGCUGGAGCGAAGACCAGCGCCUGGAGGCCUCACAGGAGGAGUCGGACGACAAGAAAGUCCGCCCUCAGGGGCAAAGGGACCGUCGAGGCAACGACCAGAUGGACACGGAGGAGGAAGGGCCCGGGCACGGGGACAGCCCCCCUCUGUCGACGUACCAGAGAUCCAUAGCGCCGCCCUUGCCAGUGCGUGGGCGGGCCAGUGCCGAGCUGCAUCGUGCCACGGCGCAGCUGUCCCUGGAAAACAAAGACUGCUGAUGGGAUUUGGAUGCCGGAGGUGUGCAAAUGGUUCCUCUGUACGCCCCAAAGCCUCUGUGCCCGGCCACCCCAAACACUGCCUUAAUCUUACAGAGGCCCCACCGACAAGUUCGGUAUUAGGAUUCUUCUGGGACAUAUUAUUUGGGAGUAGGUACUUCCAAAAGCGCAGGAACCCUGACUGUCAGGCCACGUUUCCACCCAGCGGUUUUGUUCCGUGGUAUGCAUAAUAAAAGCCGAUAGAUGGGACGGCCAAACCGACACGCAUAUCAUACCGGAAAAGCCUUUUUGUCCCUUCGCGUUAAGGAUGAAUACCGCUCACAUUCAAACCGGUUCCGUUCCAAUUCCCGUUAUGCUAACGGUUGGCCGCCGUAAGGCUUUUAAGAUUGCGCGGUGUCCUUGUGGUUAUUAGCGCGUCACUUUUCGAUGGCCCUGUGAUUGACGUGAUGGGGGAGAACGCAGCAGAAAACCGACAAAUAGGUGCUAAUGCAGAGAAAAAGCGGACAUACGGAAAAGAAACGUCGGGUGGAAACGGGCCGUGCAUGGACUGCAGUCAGACACACUCGUGGAAGGUUACCAAGGCCAGUCACACUCCAAAGCGCAGCUCCCAACUCUUGUCACAUGUUCCUCAGGGCUUUUUCCUCUCCCAACCUGCUCACUGUAAAUAGGCGCCGAUGACAAGUGCCUGCAUUUACUGCCUCUCUUGGCAGGAUAAUGAGGAAAAGACGGGAAAAGGGUUUUUUUCAGGAGCGCAUGGUGUCGUGGUUCUUCAAAACAGCCCGCUCGCGUCAGGGAAGCCGGUCGCCAAAACAGAACGGGCGUCCGUCCUCUCAGAAAUCCCUUGUGUCCUGCCUGACCUUCUUUCUUCUGCUUACAGUCCACUCUCGGAGAAUAGCUUAACACCUACCCCAGCCGGCCUACACGUUGACGACCAACGACAACUUUGCUCGACACACUUCACCAGCCUGAGCUCCUCUAGAAAUCAAAAAACAUACACAAAUACACGAGUGCUCAACUCAGCACGCGCACACACACACACGAACACUGACAUGCUCUCACAGACUAGAGCAGUGGUUCUUAACCUGGGUUCGAUCGAACCCUAGGGGUUCGGUGAGUCUGUCUCAUGGAUUCGGCAGAGCCUCCAUUGCGGAGGUCCAAACACACCUGACGUAUAGUGUAAAUUCGUGAUGACGCAUUUCUGAACUGGUCUCGCAAAACAGCAGAAGUCACACUGAUUUGCAGGUAUGUAAUUUGUUGUGAGUUCAUGCAUUGUGUGAGUUUUGUUCUUUGAACAAGGUAAUAUCCAUGUUUGGCUCAUUUUGUGCUCCAGUCUUCAAUUUAAAAAAAUAAAAUCUUAUUUUUCUCUAAAGAGGGGUUCAGUGUAGCGCAUAUGAAACUGGUGCGGUUCAGUAACUCUAAAAAGGUUAAGAACCACUGGACUAGAGAGAAAAUUAGAUUAGGGCAAUUCAUGAAACGGUUUAUCUUGUUUUCUUCAAUUUUCAGUCAUUUUUUCAACACUUCAAGGUGAGAGCAAGACCAUUUGGUGUUGGAUUAUUAGUGAAACGCUUGAUCUCGUUGCUACUUGCAGUCAGUCCCUUUCAACUUUGUGUUCUUCAGUAUCACCUCUACUGUCCUGUCCCAUGACUGCGCUGGUGUGUGGGACUAAACUAAGUUUACGUUGAAUGACUUAAUCAUGUUUCGACUUUUACUUUAUUUUCCGGCCACACCUGUCAUUGGGUUCUGCGUCACCUUUGCAGCUCAGUGUGUGGUACCGCUCAGGGCGAAAAGACAGCAAGUGAAGUGUUGAGGAGGUUAAUUAUUAGCAUCUGACGCAUGUCCUCAAUCGAGGUGCACGCGCGCGGGAUCAGACGGAUCCAUAAGAGCUCCAGGCAGCGCUGUGAUUGAAUUCUUCUGGCGUACUCUGUGUCUGCGCGAGAGCAUGUCACACGCACACAUACAGUAUAUGCACACACAAGUUGCAAGUAACCGCUGCCGCCUUAUUCUUGACUUUUCCUAACCCAAAGCAUCUUUUCCUCGCUUUUAAACAAAAGAAUAAUUAACGCAGCACAAAGAUUCUCAAUCAAGAGGAUUAAAGUUUAUUUUUCUGAUCUUAAUAUUGUUCCUAAAGUCUCCUCCACUUGUAAUUAUUAUUAUUCCAUAGCUUUUUUGCCCUGUACAUCAGAAGCCUCUUUUACUGUUUUGAGAUUUGUAUUUGAUAGUUUUUACCUCGGGGGAGGUUGCGUUGAGGACAAAAAAAAAAAACCGUUUGGACUAUUGUUUGUGUAAAUGUUACCAACUUGUUACGUAACACUUCUGACACGGAGAUAAGAUGAGCUGAGUUGAUCCCGUGACGUAAUGUCAUCGUCCUCACUACCCCCCCCCCCCUUCCCUGUGGGUUGUUUUUUUUCCCUGCCUCCCCAAAAAAUUGUAAUUAAGAUGUAAUCAGGGUUAAUUAAAACCAGUUAAAAGACAAAACAAAAGCUCAUGUGUGCGUUUGUUUGUCUUGUAUGCAAAUAGUGGUCUUCAGCUGCCAGGCAGACUGAGUUUUAAUUACCAGCUUGUUUGUCAAUAACAAUAACUUGAGCAACCCACUUUUCAAUUUGAUAGACUUGUAAACUGAAGUUAACACAUAAUUUACUGUACUGUACUUACAUUCCUGAGAAUGGUUCCCUCUAAAUAUUGACAUAAGCGUUACAGAACAUUUGCGGAGUUAAUGUAACCAUGAAAAUGAGAUUUAUCUCACUAUAUUUUUGCUGUGUCUUAAAUACAAUUAAACAAAAAAUGCCAAAUAUCUAUCUUAGAUUCAAUUUAGUUAAUUUAGCUUUGCCAUAAAUGUUAAGUAAUUCAUAAAACUAAUGAAAAAACUUUGAUAUUUUUUAAUUGGAUUUGCAGAAUAAAACAAAACUAAAUUUACCUAUUUUAAGUCUUCUAGCGGCCUCCGGUGGUCCGAUUGUGGCCCCACAGCUUUUGGUGCGGUCUGAAGAAGCAGAAGGCAAGAGUCGGCGGGCAGCAGGGGUCAUCUGUACAGUUUUUGUUUCCUGUUUUUAUUUGCAUGAAUUAAACACGUUCAGUUACAAAAAUGACUUAAAAUGAACAACACUGUACAAUGAACAAGCAGAGUUACUCUUUUUUUUGUUUUUCUUUUCAAGAUAAACACUCAAAUUCGCUACUACAAGGGUUUGGGCUGACAUGAUGGAAGACACAAUAGGAUGUUGCGGGGGUGAUGUCAUCCAUCCAUCCAUCCAUACACAUCAAUUGACAGGGGCAAUUAAAGCUACAUGAACGAGGCAGUUGGCAAAUGACCACUCCAAGAAAAAAAACCUCGCAAACACUCACACGGAAAUCGGGGUCAAAGGAGGCGGAGGAUGGGGUGGGGCUAACUUUGGCAGAAAAAAUCAGAACAGCUACAAAGAUACCAAGAGAAACUUCAUUAUCAUCGUCGUCAAGAUCAUCAUAAUUCAGAUGAUGACAAAUAGUCAAAAAUAUACAUUUCAUCAUUAUCUUCAUUAGCAUCAUUAUUAUUUCCCUUUGGAUAGCAGAGGUUGUAAAUGAGUGGCAGGUCGCCAGGUGAGACGUUUUGAGAGAAAAAUCAAUAAAGUCGGAGCUCUUUGGUUUGAUACUUUAAAAUCUGGGACUUGUUUAGGGAUGUGCGUUUGUGAAAAAGCUGUGGACAAAAGCUGCACUGGGAGAAGACAGAAAAAGAAAAGCCAUGAUAGAGGUCAGAGAGAAACCGCAAUGUGCGAGUUAGCUAAUCUCGCUUUCUCCCACCACUUUCAUUCCUUUUCAUUGCCUGAAACACUUUUAAUCAUGUUAAAAGGAUCUACUUUUUCAAGGAAGGGUCCAAGAUUUUACAAGAUUAAAAUGUAAAGAAACCAUUAUUUUAACAUAAAAGCAGUAGCAAUAGGCUGAAGCUACCCUAAAACAAAAGAAAUUUAGCAAAUCUAAAUUGUAAAAAAUAAAAAUGGGGGUGGAGGGCAAAUUAUUUAAUCUGGGACUGAAAUUGCCGGAGUCCGGCGGAGGUGAAGCGGCGUCAGAUAGACGUCUGGAAGCAGGAGCGCCGUGUUCUCUGGAGCAGGGCGUAGACUUUGGUAUCAUUCACUAUGGGGGUUAUCUUCACCCCGAGGUGGCCCGAAAUUCACCUCCACGCCCGACGGGGAUUCUGCGGAGGACGUGUCACCUAGCGACCGUUCGGCCGCCCUUCCCCGGUUCCCCGGGUCGCUUUCUGAUUCGGAAAGCUACGGAAAUUGUGAUUAAUUUAGGGCUCGAUUGGCAAGCAAAUCGCAGCCGUGUCUGAAAGGAUGGAAGCGUCCCGGGUAAGAGAAGAGGGCGGCCUUCAAAGCUCAAGGCGGACAGCAAUGGUGCAAAGGGAUUUUUCAAGGGGGGAGGUGCCCGGGCUCGCACGAGUUGCUGACGAGAGCCUGGAUCAGUCCAAGCCCCUCUCACACCGAGCAGAAAUUAACAAAACUUGAAAAGACAUUUUUGGCGACAGAAUACUUUUUGAAUGGGGGGACGCAAGUGCUGGUAGGUAGUAUCAGAGCAAAGAGCGAAACAGGACCGGAUGCAGGAUUACAGCUCAGUGGCCUAGUGGUAGAGUGUCCGCCCUGAGACUGGACAGAUUGUGGGUUCAAACCCCGGCCGGGUCAUACCAAAGACUAUAAAAAUGGGAUCCAUUGCCUCCCUGCUUGGCACUCAGCAUUAAGGGUUGGAAUUGGGGGGUUAGAUCACCAAAUGAUUCCUGAGCGCGGCACCGCUGCGGCUCACUGCUCCCCUCUCCCCAAAGGGAUGGAUCAAAAUCACACGGGGAUGGGUUAAAUGCAGAGGACAAAUUUCACCACACCCAGAUGUGUGUGACGAUCAUUAGGACUUUAACUUAACUUUAACUUUACAGGCGCUUUGGGCAAUGCCGAAAUAAAGGCUAACACUGACCAUGCACGUAUCCAGCAAUUGCGUCUGUCAAGUAUCGCAUACAACACUGGCGUCCUAAUCUGAUUGGGAGAUGCUCAAGAGUAUUCGGAUCGUGUCUUUGCUGGCUGCGGAGUAAAACGCAAUUUGCAGUACUGCCACCUCCGGGACUGGAGUACGACUUCACUCAUUUCAGCAAACUUCCAAUUUUAAGAAAGGGGAAUGCCCUACUACCAACACUCACUCUUAUUCUAAAAACAAUUUGUAAUUGCCUGAUUUUUUUUGUUAAUACCGGAGCCGCCGAUGCGCCGGUUUUUCAGGAUCUCAGUGUGAAAGAGGCACGUGAUCACAUCGGACUCUUUAACUUGCACCAGCGCAACAUGCUGCUCACCUGGCCAGACUCACCUCCCACCGCUCAUCCCUGUGCACGUUUUGUUUAAAGCAUUCAUCUAUUUGGUUUAUCAUCGGAGAAUAUGAGGUAUACGAUGAACUAUCUCUCUUUGACAUCCAACACUGGAUGAAGGAAAACAACAAAAGUUCAAGAAAGCAAAAGGAAAGGUUGAAGGACGAAACUGAGUAACAAACGUUAUUUAAAAA